UCUAGAAAUAUAUAAUUAUAUAUAAAACGCUGUUUUUUGUACGCUUUCAUGUACAGUUUUCAUUGGCAGUUAUUUGUUUUUGGUAAGGAUAAAAUUCGUAAAAUAGUAAAUGAAUAAAUCUUAUAAAAAUAAAAACUAAUAAAGUGGUUAGAAACAGCAACGAUGAGCAACGAUCAAGCAAACGAAUUGUCUGAAACAGUUGAGUUAUCUUCCAAUGACAUUGAGAAAAUAGAAGAAGCAAAAUUAAGAGCAAAAUUUCCAAAUACUGGACGUCCAAUUAGUGGACAUUCAGCAUUCCUACAAAAAAGGCUAGCUAAAGGGCAAAAAUAUUUUGAUUCUGGAGAUUAUCAAAUGGCAAAACAAAAAUAUACAGCUAAGCCUAAGCCAGCUGGUGUUUUGCCAACAGGUGAUGCUAUACCUACACCUGAAACAGUACCACAACGAAAAACAUCUAUAAUUCAACAAAAAUUUAAUACAACAACUACAUCAUAAAUUUUUGUACUGUUUUAAAAGUAUUGCAACUCAAAUGAUAUAAUGCGGUUAUAUGCAAUCUGAAUUUUAAAUGAUUCAAUAUCUUUAUAUUUUAUAAAUGGUAUUAUUUUGAAAUUUCAACUUUUAUGUUUUUUGAAUGCUUAUACAUUAUCAAUAUUGAAAAAGAUUUAUGUUCAUAAUAUGUAUAUCUUUUCAGUAUAUCAUGUGCCAUAAAAACAUUCCAAAGACGAAAGUUUUUAAGGUACUUCAAAAAAAUUAUAUACUUUAUGAUAAUGUAUCAUGUAUCAAAUAUUAUUAAUAUUAUUCUGAUCUUUCUUUUAUUUAAAGUGAAAGUGUUAAUAAUUUUGUGUUGUUUGAAAUGAUAUUUUAGAAACAUAAAUAUAGAAUUUCAAAAUUUAUUUUUAAAAUAAAUAAUGAAGUUAAAUAUUUAAAAAUACAAGAUUGAUGAUAAAAAAAAAAUAAGUUGUAACCAUUUGUAUAUGCAAUAGAAUGAGAUACUAUACAGAUCUGCAUUUCCAAAGUUGCUGUGAUGUGCUUAGACUAUAUUCUUAUAAGAUGUCAGAUUGUCUUAAAAUCUGUAUUUAACUUAACAUAAUCUUAAUAUAGCAGUUGUUUUGUUUAUUGUAAACUAUAUUAUUAAUAUAUUGCAAUUUAAAUUUA